AUGCGAACACUGGUAUUCACCCUGGAUAAUGGCAACUUGAAUAGUCAUGAGGUACGGGUCUUUUGUGCGGCGGCCAUGAAUGCAGCUCCAUCCUCCGUUGAAUUUCCACAAGUGGCCGAGAUACACGUCAACGGAACCAGUGGCAAUCUUUACACAAUUAAGAAGCAUAAAGAAUACACCGGACACCGUCCAUGCGGCCAAUGUUACGUGAUGGUUGAACCAAGGAUCAAAACAGAUCAAUUGUUACAGCCAAUAUAUUAA